AUGUCUCAACCAGCACCUAGCAAGUCCCUAUUUGGGUCCCUGAAAGAUAAAUUGUCGUCCAAGAAGAACCGCUCUCGUUCGCCCAGCCCAAACCCCUUCGCGACACAAACGGAGAACUACUCCCAAGCUCCGCCAUCGAGCGACACCAAAUUUGGCGCCACCGAUGCACCUCCCCCCUACUCGGCAGUCGCCCCCGCAGCCGCCCCUGCUGGGCCGUCCUCAACCCCCCUCAUAACCCUCAACACCCCGCCCCCCGCGCGCCAGGCCUCCCCCGCGCCCUCCUUCGUUUCGGCCCGCUCCGACCCCAGCAUCACAUCGCGCGAGGACCCCUACGCCUUCCUCUCCAGCUUCGACACCAUCUUCCUCAUCGACGACAGCGGCUCCAUGGCCGGCAAGUCGUGGCGCGAGGUCAAGGAAGUCAUCUCGGGCAUCGCGCCCGUGUGCACGUCGCACGAUGCUAACGGCAUCGACGUCUACUUCCUCAACGCCCGCGACACGGGCCGCCACAGCGCCGACAACCCGGCCCAGGGCUUCCGCAACAUCACCACCACGAAGCAGGUCGAGGACCUCUUCAAGCGCGUGCGGCCCCAGGGCGCCACCCCAACCGGCACGCGCAUCAGCGCCAUCCUCAAGCCCUACCUGCGCGAGUACGAGCGCGCCGCCGCCCGUACCGGCAACCCGGACGACUGCGGCGUCAAGCCCGUCAACAUGAUCGUCAUCACGGAUGGCGCCCCCACCGACGACCCGGAGUCGGUCAUCAUCAACAUCGCCCGCAAGCUCGACACCCUGGACGCCCCGCCCCACCAGGUGGGCAUCCAGUUCUUCCAGGUCGGUAACGACCCCCAGGCUACCAAGGCGCUUAAGGAGCUGGAUGACGGCUUGUCGGAGCAGGGCGGUGGCAUCCGCGAUAUCGUGGAUACCGUGACCUGGGCGGGGUCCGGCCAUGUGCUGUCGGCGGAUGCCAUUCUGAAGGUGGUGCUAGGUGCGGUGGUGAAGAGGUUGGACCGGAGAAGGUUGAGUGGUGAGUCGAGAAGGAGUGCCCGUUAUCUAGCGCCUUGA